ACCAAGCGGAGCGAGCAGAAGUAUGAAGAGUGGCAGUGCUGCUGCUGGUGAGCUCAGGCGGGGAGAACCGGACUGGCUGCAGGAAGCAGAAGGCUCUGUGGCACUGCACGAAGAAAGUGAGUGAGCUUUCUCCCGAGCUUAGGGAGUGCGGGGUACUACAAGUGGAUAAACAAUGUGCACUGCUAUAAGCCCAAAGGCACGAGGACCUGGCCUCUCUGAUAUGCAUCAAUACAGCCAGUGGCUGGCCAGCAGACAUGAGGCUAACUUACUACCAAUGAAAGAGGAUCUAGCUCUGUGGCUCACAAACCUACUGGGUAGGGAAAUAACAGCAGAAACUUUUAUGGAGAAGUUGGAUAAUGGUGCGUUGCUUUGUCGACUAGCUGAGACCUUGCAAGAGAAAUUUAAAGAAAAUAGUUUUGAUGCAAACAAGCCUGGCAAAACCCUGCCAGUGCGGAAGAUUCCAUGUAAAGCCAAUGCUCCGUCAGGGUCUUUUUUUGCACGAGACAACACAGCAAAUUUCUUAUCCUGGUGCAGAGAUGUGGGCGUGGAUGACACAUGCCUAUUUGAAUCAGAAGGCUUGGUCCUCCACAAGCAGCCCAGAGAAGUAUGCCUUUGUUUGCUGGAACUUGGAAGGAUUGCAGCCAGGUUUGGUGUGGAACCUCCAGGGUUAAUAAAGCUGGAGAAAGAGAUUGAACAAGAGGAAAUACUUUCAGCCCCUCUUCCAUCUCCUUCACCUUCCCCAACAAAGUCUCCUGGGAAAAAGAGCACAGGAAAACUGUUGGAUGAUGCUGUCAAACACAUUUCUGAAGAUCCUCCUUGUAAAUGCCCCAAUAAAUUCUGUGUGGAGCGUCUUUCACAAGGACGGUACAGAGUUGGAGAGAAGAUCCUCUUUAUUAGGAUGCUGCAUAACAAACAUGUGAUGGUUCGUGUAGGAGGAGGAUGGGAGACUUUUGCAGGGUACUUGCUGAAACAUGACCCAUGCCGAAUAAUACAGAUCUCUCGGGUGGAUGGGAAAACCUCUCCAAUCCAGAGCAAGUCUCCGACCAUCAAGGACAUGAAUCCAGACAAUUACCUGGUUGUUUCUGCCCACUACAAAACCAAGAAGGAGAUUAAGUGAAAUUAAUUUCUCAAUUGAUUGGGACUUUAUAUAUGUAGGUCCAAAUUAUCUUUUUGAGUGUAGUAAAUUUAGUUCAUGCUUUGAAAGGACUUCAGAAAAUUUAACAGAAUGAAAAUGACAAUCUGUUUUGAAGAUCUUUGAACUGUAGAACUAUUUAUUUCUAGUACUGUACCUUUUAUAGCAAAUUAUCCUUGAUAGGUUAAUUACUACAAUCAGAUAAGAAAUAGACAUAUAUAUUUUUAGCCAAAUCAUUACUCUUAAAUAUGUGAAUGUAUACUUAGAAUGAUUUGAAGGAUGUGGUUCAUGUUAAAGGGGAAAAUGCAGUACAGUAUAUUUGUAUGAAAAACCCGUAACAUUGAGUCCAUGACUGUUAUUUAGGUUAGUUGGAAAAAAAUAUAUGCAGGUUGAGUAUGCAGAUAUAUGCAGAUGAAAGCUGUUUGCUGACUCUUUCUCCCAACAAACUAAAGCCAAACUGGACUAUUUUUAUAAGUUACAAGUUUCUCUUAAACAAUAUUUAAAAAAAAAAAAAAGAUUAUUGCCUAAAGAGGCCACUUUAAAAGUGUGUAUAUCCUUAAGCUACUGUGAGAGAGCCAACUUUAAGAUCCAAAUACAAAGGUAUUUAGGCACCAAUGCCCCAGAUUCGGCCACCUAAAUCCCAGAUUUAGGUACCGCUGCAAUCCACAAAACCCACUUGGCUGCCACCUAAUACUUUGAGUGCCUAAACUCAAUUUUGGUUACAAAAGUUCUCUAGGCACCUAAGCUCCCGCCUCCAGACAGGCACACAAUCUCAUGUUAGGUAUCUGGAUGCCUAUCUCAAUCCCCAGCAAGUCCUCAAAUCAGGCUAAGAUGGGCAUUCCUCUGCUUAACUUACCACAUGCCUACCAGAUCACAUGCUCCACCUGCUGAGGAAGUGGUGACAGUGCCACUUUCUCCCUUAAAACCCAGCAAGUAGAGUAUUCACCUGGGAUCUGGGAGACCCGUGUUCAGUUGAGCCCUUCUGCCUUUUUGGGAAAGAGGAUUUUUGAAGCAGGGUCUCCCACAACUCAGGUGAGUGCCCUACCCACUAGGGGAUGUUCUGAUGUGUGACUCCCUCAAACUCUCCGGUUCAAGCUGUUCCACUUUGGAAAAAAAUAAGUCAUUGGACCCCAUCUCCCAAGGGAGUGCCCCCAUUUCUAGGUUAAUUGCAAGGUUAGCUCUCUGGCCAAUGGUUAAGUCUUUAUACAAGAUGGAACAGCUUCAACAGGAGAAACUGAGGAAGUUGUACAUCAGGCUAUCCCCUAGCUCAAUGGGUAGAGUAUGCCUUCCCCCCCCC